AUGCCCGAACGAGGCCAGAAGAAUGAACUUGACGAUAACGAUUCUGAUAACUCUUCCUCGGAUGACGACGACCAGUUAGGCUCGGAUGACUCCCUCAAGAGCGAUGAGUCAAGUAGUUCAAGUCAUUCAAGUAGAAGAUCAAGUGUGGCAAGAUCGCCACGUACAUCCAGACCUUCAAGAAC